GCAUUUUCCUUGCUGCUGUAGAGCCUGACGCACCAAAAGCUGUGAUUUUUUUUUUCCUGCGCCGUAUUUCAGGCAAGGGGGACGGGAGAAUGAUAAACCCCGACUCCCCUCGUCUUUCACACUGUCCUUAAGGAGCGCCUCACAGGAUGCAAUCGCUGAGCAGAAGGGUCGAGAUCCGACCGUGGGCCUCGCAUCUCACCGCGUUUGUUUUCAUCACGACCCUCACCGUUAGUGCUUGUGUGCCAGAGGGAGCAUGCCCCCGCAGUCUGGACUGUGCGCGCGAGGGACGGCACUUCUGCCAGCCGGGCUUCACGCGCUGCGGGCCGUGUCUGGCCCCGCUGGUGGAGAGGAAGGGCCGAUGUGUGGUGAGGAGGCAACAGAACCCACACCACCACCUCAGCAAGGCCAACGGCCGCCCUGAACUGGACGAGGAGAUCGACUUCCUGUCCUCUUUCAUCACAAAGCAGUUGAAAUCCGAGCCUAGACACUCAGUUCCCUCCUCUCAGGUUGACUUGAAAGCCCAGGAGGAUGUCUCAGUUCCCCAAAAGGCUCACCAAACGGCCGAGGCCUCCCCCUCCCCCUCCCCCACCCUGGACACCACAGAACAUCCCAUAACCAGUGGCCUCACCACGGCGAUGCCCAUCACCACCACAGCCACCACCACCACCACCACACCGGCCUCACACCUGCCACACACUCCGGCUAUGCAGAGGGGAUCGCUAGCUGACCCCGCCUCCUCAAAUGACCACACGUUCAUAAUUAUGACUGGCGUGUGUCUCAUGGUGGCAGCAGUGUUUCUGGUUGUGGCGGCAUCUCUCUGGGUCAGGUUACGGAGGGGAAUGCGUCUUGCUCAGAAGGCGGACUACCCAGCUUUUGGCGUGAUGGCGCCCCACUCUCACGACAGCACAUCGUCGGGGGAUAAGAAGCUGGCGCACAGCGCCCAGAUGUACCACUACCAGCACCAGAAGCAGCAGAUGCUGUCCCUCAAACACAGAGACGAGGCUAAGAUGCCAGAGUCAGGGGCCACUUCAGAUGAAGAGAACGAAGACGGCGAUUUCACAGUGUACGAGUGCCCAGGACUGGCACCGACGGGGGAGAUGGAGGUGAAGAAUCCGCUGUUUGACGACUCCACCCUGCACCUGCACCUCAACCUUCAGAAAGGCUAUCAGUGAACACGGACAAUUGUGUGUUCCCAGUCGUCAUGGUCGCCGUUUUACACACAGUUUAAUGUUUUGCACACAAAGACAUACACACACACACACACACACACACACACAUGCUUUUUCUCUUAUGUGACAUUGCCCUCGUCUCUGUGAAAUCACUAUCCCACGAACGAAGCUCCAUCAGCUCUGGUACCCGUUGUGUUUGGAGAAGAAGAGGAGGAGGAUGGACAGAACUUAGAGGCAGCACAUGAGAGGAAUGGACUCAAAUGAGAGGAGGAGGAGGAGGAGGAGGAGGAUGGAUGAUACAGAAAGUGCAGGAAGAGAAUGUACAUCAGGAACGUGAGCACAGCUGUGUGAGAGCACGCAGCAAGCGUUCUGUUGACUGCCUCCGUGUUGCGUCCCAAGCUUCUUUAUAUUCCAAAACGUCCCUUUUUUACCUCGUGUUUUUUUCUCUUUUUUUUUUUUUGAUGUGUCGUCUUUCCUCACCUUCCUAAUAGCGUGUCAGUUAAUUAGGAAUGUUUCAUUUCAACGAUGUGGCGCCUGUACAAUGACUCCAUUGCUAUAUCUCGCUCACACACGCACACACACACACACACACGUAUACACACAUGCGUGCGUACAAUGAACAAACUCACCUGUGUAUUUGUGGACAUCUUUGUGUCUCUGGCCCAGUGUACUCAGUAGGACCUCAGUGGACCCUGCGCUAGCUGGUUUUGUGAUCCUCACUUCAUUCAGUCUCCAUAUCAGCACCGGCAGGCAUAUGGAGCAACCAUUUAGUCUCCGGUGAGGACUCUCAGUAACCAUCACUGACUCGUGGUCCUCACGUCCUUACAGUGGGUAAAAUGAAGUAGCGUGGGACACAGACUUGCGUAUACUAGGGGUUUCACUAACUAGUCAAACUAGUCUACUAUUAAAAUCAGUAGUCGGUGCUGUAGGCAGCCGUCAAGUUGUGGACAUACAGUACGGCUAAAUGGACUUGACAUUUCUAUUUAUGGAGGUACUUCACUGAAAAUGAGAUCUGUUCCACAGUGAUAUGUGAGUUGUGUACAGCUGUAUUAAAGUACAAUAAGAACAUGUCUGCUAUCUAAACAUCUAAAGAUGAUGCAUCCACUGCUAACAGCUAGCAUUAGCGGUAAUGGUAGCAACAGCACUGUAUUGGUACAUAACCACUGCUCGACUAAUCGAUUAAAAAUCAUAUUAAACGUGUCAACUAGUUAAAAAUCAGUAGUCGUGAAACCCCUAAUGUAUACUCAUUCUACGGCAUAUGUUACUUACUCUUGACUUCAGCUGCUGUCAGUUAUUUUUUUUAUUGUUUUUCCUGUGCUCAGGCUACUGCAAGCCUCGCUCUCGCUCUCCCUCAGCCUAUAAACUUGAACAAUGACAAGUGCAUUCAGUCAGAGGAGGGAAACCUCCGGCUCACGGUCAGACUUCAGGUCAUUCUUCAGCCCAGUCUUUAUUGCCUUUCUGUCUGAAGAGUAAUGGUACAAGACUAACACCCUCAUCCCAGUUUCCCUCCCCAGCCCAGUGGCUGGUUCUCGUCCCAUUCUGGCCCGGUUCCGGUCCGAAUCGGCACCGCAGCCGAGAGCCAGAACCUCUCCAGUAACGAGCUGCUCUUUGGGCUACUGUUAAGUACUUGACACUGAACACAUAUCAAACCAGCCAAUUAUCAAACAGCAAGAAGAGAGACGUCAGGCGCACAUUCAGUGUGCCUGACGGUCAAAGCCCAUAGGAUCAGAGUGCAGACGUAGGGACUAACCUGAUCUGCAGUUAGUUUCACUUCCUUUCAACCAAAUGUAGUUUGGUGAUGGUAUUUUUUUAAAGCAAGGAAGCAUCAGUUGUAAUCUUGUUUUUCUUAAAUGUGCAUAUAAAAGCAAACCCUAAAUUAUUAUUAUGUAGCCAUUGUAUAGUCAGUAUGGUACCUCUAUGCAUGACAUGAGAAAAGCUGUGUUAUGACUGCAGAAGUCUAUAUGCAUUUAUGGUUUUGCACCUGAUUGUGUAUGAAACUUUGCAUAUAUGAGAUGUUUCUUGGAGGAUUCCAUAGCUUUGAAUGGUACUCCCAGGAAUCUUUUUUCUAGGUAUACAAUGGAACACUGUCUCACACACACACACUUUCACAAACUGUCUAUGAUAUCACACUAAAUAUAGCUUGUUUCCAGAAUUUGUGAUGUUCUGUAAAUAUCCUCCAAACUGUACAGAGAAAGAGACGUCAUUGAUAAAUGUAUUUGCACAGACAUAUCUAUCCUGUAUCUUUGAUUGUUGUUACCAAAUGAAACACUCUUUUUUUUCUGUAAUGUCUGUCUAAGGAUGAAGCCUGUUGCCACUGUCUCUCAGGAAGUCUGCCGACAGUAGCUUACUUUAUUUUAUUUUGUUUUAUUUAUUUUUAUUAUUUCAGUGCACUCUGACAUGAACAGUAUGCAUUCUUGACUCAGAUUGGCAACGUAUUUAUAUCUUCCCCCCAUAUGAUACAGAGGGCACAGGAAGUAGAAUGUUCCGGCAUUUGUUUUUCUUUUUCUUGAGCCACAGUGGCAUCGGGCGAUUCAAUGCCAUGAUUGUUGUAUACUACCAGAUGAAUGCUUUAGUUUAAAACAUUGGCCACUGGGUAUAUGGUUGUUUUUAAUGUAGACAAAAUACAGAAGAACACUGAUGCCUUUACCAGCCAUCUCUUUCACUGGCUUUCCCCAGAGAGGCAGAACAAUUCAGAUAUGAAUCAGACAGAAACUGCUUUGCGUGACUGGCACCAAAAGCCAACAGAGUCACGUAAAUGUCAUCUAGUAUUAGCAAUGAAAUGAAUACUAUUGCCCUGUAUGUCAACAGCAAAACAAAAGCAAGGUGCCCAUAAGAGUUAGAUGCAUUUUGAUUGAUCAGAUGUCAAGCCAUUCCAAGUAAUGAUUUUUAAAAAAAAGCAAGCAGGAAGUAUUUAAUGAUAUAUAUAACAGUAGUUGGGUACUACACUGUAGUUGGGUGGUGCCCCAGUCAGAAUCCCCCUGCGAGGUAACUGACUGUGCUGGUGUUUGCACUGGCCCAGUGUUUCCAGCCCUCCACUGUCAAGACUUGAGUCACACGUCUCUGGGUGGGGUGGGAGAUUCCCCUUAGGGUGUUGUGCAAGUGGCACCCACAUACGUUAUGUUCUGCCUGCCCAGUUUGAAGUAUUUACAAUGGUGUGCUGUCCCAUGCCCCGAGUGCAGUUCUAAUCAGAAAAAUAAAUUCUCUCAGCCUUGUGACUAAAUGGGAUGUGCAGUUCAAUUCACUAUGACACCGAUGGACUAUCUCAUGUGCAUGUAAAGAUUGGAUAUUAUUUGAUGGAAAAAUAUGAAUAAAUAUUUAU